AUGGCGCGGGCGCAUCUCCUCCUGAGCGCAGAGCUCGAGCGCGCGUUUGCUGACGCACAGAGCGGCAAGUUGCGCUACGUCAAAGUCUCCAUCGACGGCGAGUCCUUCGUGCUGAGCGCUGUAGGGCCCGCGUCUGGAGAUCCUCGGGACGACGUCGCGCAGCUGGUCGCGUCGUGUCUGCCCGCUGACCAGGCGGCAUUUGUCCUGCUGUGUCCCGACACAAACGUCUCAGCUCUGCGGUGGGUCCUCUUGGCGUUCGUGCCCGAGCGCGUGAGCGUGCGCGACCGCAUGCUCUACUCGUCUUCCCGUGACUCGCUCAAGAAACAGCUGGGGCUGAACUACUUUUCCGGGGAGUUCCACGCCACGGAACUGUGCGAAGUGACGUGGGCGGCUUUUCGCGCGGCGAGAACGAAACAGGCGGCCGAUGCGCCGCUGUCCGAGUCGGAACGGCUGCUACGAGAGGCAGCCAUGUUGGAGCGCGACACGAGCGUCAAGUCGAGCGCCAUGGGCGUCGUGCCGUUUGAGAUCACGCAGAACGUGCGGGAGAAGCUGCAGCUGCUGCAGGACAACAAGUUUGACUGGAUUGCUAUGAGACUGAGCGACGACAACGUUCGUGUCGAGGUUGUCAAGAGUCUCGAGACCAUUGACCUCAUUGACGUGCCGAGCGUACUGGAUCGUCGCAUUCCGAGCUUUGUGGCUUAUCGCUACCGUGGCCCGCUGGCUUCUGAAGCUACGUCUGCACUCGUGUUUCUGUACGUGUGUCCAGAAGACUCGCCCGUGCGCUUGAAAAUGGUCUACUCGACGUGCAAAGCUACAGUGCUCUCCGUUGCAAAAGAAGAGCUACACAUGACGUUCGACCAUACUAUUGAGAUCAACACCCCUUCCAGUGCAGCCGAUGAGAUCCGAUCGGAGUUGGCGCCGUCGGCAAGUGAGGAGCAGCAAAAGCCGCGGGAGUUUGCGCGUCCUGUUGCGCCUGGAGGCCGUGGACGUGGACGUGGCAGAGGUAGGGGCCCAGGUCCUUCUGUCGCCCACUGA